GUGAAAUAUGUUUGCGAAUAGAAGUACUAAGCAUAAUGAUGUGUUGCGAUUCAUAGAGCUGUACAGAAGCCAUGAAAUUUUAUGGAAUAUGAACCUUUCAUCAUAUAGGCGAAAUGAUUUAAAAAUGAAGGCCUAUGAGUCUAUUGCUGCUGAAACUAAUAUUCCUGUAGAAGAAGUAAAGAAAAAAAUAAAGUCCCUUCGAACAGCCUACAGUGCAGAAAAAUCUAAAGUGGAAAAUAGCAAAAAAUCUGGAUCUGACACAGACUCUCUAUACAUUACAACUUUGUUUUGGUAUAAUGAGAUGACUUUUCUUGACGCAUCUCUAAUUCGUCGGAAAACUGUUGACAAUUCUAACCAGGUAAGUAAAAAACCAAAUAAAAAACAUUUAAUUUCUUAUGCACUUAGUGGACAUAUUGGUGCAUUAGCCGAAACAUCUUUCAACUCUGAGUCGAACGAAUCAUCAUUUUCAGAGUCGUAUUCGUCUUGCUCAAAGAAACGAAAGCAUUCCCCAGAGCCCAAGUCGAAAUUGGAUGAUGCUUUUGAAAAAUUAAUUGCAAUAAAUAACGAUGUGAGUGCAUUUGAGGCUUUUGGGGAAAGUGUUGGCAGGCAAGUGAAGGAAUUUCCCGAACUGGAGGCGUAUCAGCUAAUGGCGGACCUGCAAUCCCUGAUUUCGAAUAGAAAAAUGGAGGUUUUAAGAAAGAAAUUUGCGGCUAACAAAAUAGUUCCUGUUGAGUUAAACCGCCCAUCAAGAGCAUCAACACCUCUGUCGCAAAGCUCAAACUCAAUGCCAUCGAGUGAUGUUUUGUUUUUCGCCAUGCCUGAUACUGAAUUCUUGGAAGAAGACUGA